GGCCUUGCCGUUCCGGGGCGCGCGGCGCGGGCGGGCGGGCGGGCGGGCAGGAUGGGGCUCACGGUGGAGAGCCUGAAGGAGGCCAUGAGGUACAUGGUGGAGUCGCAGGGCUUCGACCGGGUGCUCCGCAAGAUGAAACUUCUUUCUGCAACUCCUGGAAAAAUUGUUUGUGAAAUGAAAGUAGAGGAGGAGCACACAAACCGAGGUGGCACAUUACAUGGGGGUUUGACAGCCACACUUGUGGAUGUGGUGUCAACAGCAGCAUUGUUGUACACAGAACGAGCAGCACCUGGGGUCAGUGUGGACAUGAACAUCACAUACACUUCUGCUGCUAAGAUUGGAGAAGAGAUACUGAUUACAGCUCAGAUUUUGAAGCAAGGAAGAAAUAUUGCAUUUGCCAGCGUGGAUUUAACAAAUAAGGCAACAGGAAAGUUAAUUGCACAAGGUAGACAUACAAAGUAUCUAGGAAAUAAUAAGAAAGCAAUUUAAAAAAUAAUAAUGUUGGGCUUAAAAAUCCCAUAUAGAUUGAUUUUCUCAUUUAUGCAAAAAGACAUCUGCAUGGAGUUGUGGUAGUCUAUAUAGAGUAAAUUUGUCUCACUCCAAUAAUAAAUGAACAGAUUUCUUAAUUACCACCAGUAUUGCUACAAGCCUAAAAUUAGUGCCUAUUUUGGGAUGAACAACAGGAUGUAAUAGCAUGAGGAUGCAUCUGACUGGUUUUGGUUAAGAUAGCAAAAGGGGAGAGCCUUUGUACCAAACAUACAGUUUACCAAAAUGACAGUGUUUUAAGAGUUCUCUUUUUUCUUUCCCUGUGGUGUCAUCAUGUUAGAAAGCAACCCUGUCUUCAGGCACCUGACACUCACAUUCAAACACCACUAUAUAUGCUUACAAACUGAACUGGUUCUGUAAGAUGGUAGUACAGAGUUCCCAUAACAUAACGUGAAACUGGUUUGAAAGUGUAAAGUAGGCUAAUACAAAAUGUAAUUUACUGAUGAUGUAAAAAAUUCACAAGUAUUCAAUAAAGCUUUCUGAAACUA